AUAGAUCGGGUGAAUGUAGAGGUUGGCCUCCUGCAGCUCAUCGGAGAUCCUCCACCAGAACAGAUCACUAAAAUCUUUGGCCCUGAUAAGACUCCCGGCUAUGUAUUUGGAGAAGAUGCCAACACUGGACAGGUGGCACAGUACCACCUUCCUAGCCCCAUGUUUAGGGAGUUUUUCUAUUUUGUUCCACAUACAGCCUACCAAUAAGAAGGCCGGAAUGCUGUUCUCCAUCACAGAUGCUUCACAGUCUAUUGUGUACAUUGGAGUGAAGCUGUCAGAAGUCAAAGAUGGUAAGCAGCAGAUCAUUUUUUAUUACACUGAGCCUGGAUCAGCAGUGUCCUUCCCUGCCGCCACCUUCAGCAUCCCAGCACUGACAAACCAAUGGACCCGCUUUGCCCUCAGUGUGGAAGAAGAGGAGGUUACCCUAUAUAUGGAGUGUAAUGAACUGAAGAGGGUCCGUUUUGAGAGGUCACCUGAUGAGAUGGAGCUAGAGGAUGGAUCUGGGCUUUUUGUGGCUCAGGCUGGAGGGGCUGAUCCUGACCGCUAUCAGGGUGUAAUAGCAGAAUUAAAAAUUAAGAGCGACCCUAGAGCUGCAGAACUUCAGUGUGAAGAGGAAGGAGACGAUUCUGAUGGGUCAUCUGGAGACUUUGGCAGUGGCCUCCCAGAAGAGGUAGUGCUUGAGGUGACUCAAGCUCCAAUUAUAAUAAAACCUAUCACAGUACCCCCCAUACAGAGACCAUCUGUAGAAAAUGAGCCUGAAGUUAUGAAGAAGGUUCAGGAGACUAUACAGAAAAUUGAUGUUUCAGGCAAGCCUGGACAGAAAGGAGAUAAAGGAGACAGUGGUGAUCGUGGUGAGAAGGGUGAAAUGGGACCAAUUGGGCCUAAAGGAGAUACUGGUGACAGUACAAGUGCAGGCAAUGGCCCUAGAGGUGAUAAGGGCCAGAAAGGAGAGCUUGGAGUCAAGGGUGGUGCUGGGUUUGGCUAUCCUGGUACUAAGGGACAAAAGGGAGAUCCUGGAUUACCUGGCCCACCAGGACCACCUGGAAGCUCUGGACCGGCUGUUGUGCAGAAAGCUGAUGGCACAACUGUGCAGCAGAUCACAGGACCACGGGGCCCCCCAGGUCCUGAAGGACCUCCAGGAAAAGAAGGAGAGCCUGGUGAUCCUGGUGAAGAUGGCAAAGCUGGGGAAGUUGGACCUCAGGGAUUUCCAGGAACUCCAGGUGAUUCAGGGCAGAAAGGAGAUAAGGGUGAUACGGGUGUUGGAAGUAGAGGACCUCCAGGCCCACCUGGACCCCCUGGCCCACCUGGCCCAGGUUCCAAAACGGAUAAAUUGACAUUCUUUGAUAUGGAGAGCUCUGGCUAUGGCCCGGAUUUGGAAAACCUUAGGGGACCACCUGGUUUGCCUGGUCCACCUGGCCCUCCUGGAGUACCUGGAUUACCAGGGGUGCCAGGAACCUUUGGUGGAAACAACACUGGAAUCCCAGGACCCCCUGGUCUACCUGGUCGGCCUGGUCAAGAUGGAAUACCCGGACCCCCUGGCUUACCAGGUACCCCUGGAAAAGAUGGAAACUCAGGGACUCCUGGAAUUCCUGGAGAGAGGGGUACUGAUGGUGAUAUCGGACUUCCAGGAGCUCCAGGGCCCAAAGGAAGCACAGGAGAAUCUGGUAUUCCUGGAACUCCUGGAGAAACUGGAUUAGCUGGACUUCCUGGACCAAUUGGACCCCGUGGAUUGCCUGGACCUCCAGGUCCACCUGGCCCUCCUAGACGUGGAACUGCUGAUGGAUUUGAUGACAUGGAAGGUUCAGGUAUUGCUUUUGGUGGCCGAAGUGUACAGGGAAAGUCUGGAGUUCCUGGGGAAAAGGGAGAUGCAGGAUUUCCAGGACUUCCAGGACCAAAGGGUGAUCGAGGAAUUCCUGGUUUGGAUGGAAGACCUGGAUUGGAUGGAUUCCCAGGACCUCAGGGUCCAAAGGGAGACAGAGGUGAUCAAGGAGAACGGGGAGAGCCAGGCCGUGAUGGAAUUGGGAUUCCUGGACCACCCGGACCUCCUGGGCAAAUCAUUUACAGAUCAUCUGAUGGCACAGAUACCAUUGGUGGAAUAGGACAGGGUACUAGAGGAUACAAAGGAGAGUCAGGGGACCAGGGUUACCCCGGACUGCCUGGUCUGAAGGGAGAGAAGGGAGAGGCAGGAAGGAUCCUGGGCCCUGAUGGUACGCUACUUUCUGGAGGAGAGAAGGGUGAUAUAGGACCAAGGGGCCCUUUUGGACCUAUGGGACCAGUGGGACCUGCUGGACAGAAAGGAGAAAUUGGACUGCCUGGAAGACCUGGUCGUCCUGGUGUGAACGGACUUAAGGGAGAGAAGGGAGUAUCUGCAGAUCCUACUGGUUAUGGAAUUAGGGGCCCACCAGGUCCUCCCGGCCCACCUGGUCCUCCAGGGCAAACGGUAUAUAGUGAUCCGCGUUCUGGUGGGGCACAAGGUUAUCCAGGUCAGAAAGGCGAGAGAGGAUUUCCAGGAUCGAAAGGUGAUCAAGGAGACGUUGGCCCUCCUGGAGCACCAGGAACAUUCCCAUAUGAUUUCAGUACCUUUGGAAGGGGAGAGAAAGGACAAAAAGGAGAAACUGGCACUGGCACUGGCGAUGGUCGGGGAAUUCCAGGACCUCCCGGCAACCCUGGAUAUCCUGGACUACCAGGUGCUAAAGGAGAAAGUAUUCAAGGUCCUCCUGGCCCGCAUGGCCCACCAGGAGCUCCUGGUGUAGGAUAUGAAGGAAGACAAGGACCACCUGGGCCACCAGGACCUCCAGGUCCUCCUGGACAACAGUUAUAUCCUGGACCUGGACCCAAUAGACCAGUUCUAAGUGUUCCAGGACCACCAGGACCCCCUGGGCCACCUGGAACCCCUGGAGGAUCAGGAGGAUAUUCUGCGGCCACAGUAUUGCAGACUUAUCAGACAAUGCUAAAUCUGCGGCAGUCCUUGCAGGAAGGGACCAUUGUACUAGUGCUGGAACAAGCAGAGUUGUAUGUACGAGUCAGAGAUGGCUUCAGAAAGAUUCUUCUCGGAGAAUAUGUAACCAAUAAUGGCCAGGGUAAUGAAAUUGCUGUGAAAGAGCCUCCUGUGGUCAUUUAUCCCUCUGGUAACAGAGACUCUGGAUCCUAUCAGUCUACAGAUGUGCAUGAGCCUCCCAGGAACGAAAGACCACCACCAGUUAAUCCCCAUCCUCCACAACCACCACCUCCAGUGUUCCCCAAUCCAGAGCCAGAAAGCAGUGCACCCAUACAUACACACCAGGAGUACCAGGCAGCACUACACUUAGUGGCUCUGAAUGCACCACUAACUGGCAGCAUGCGCUCCAUACGUGGUGUGGACUUCCAGUGCUUUGAACAAGCCCGCAAAGCUGGACUUCACGGAACAUUCCGAGCAUUCCUUUCCUCACGUCUUCAGGAUCUGUACAGUAUUGUUCGCAAAGCUGACAGGCUGUCUGUGCCAAUCGUCAAUCUCAGGGAUGAACCACUGUUUGACAACUGGGAGGCCCUUUUCUCUGGCUCAGAAGGACAGAUGAGGCCUGGAGCUCGCAUUUACUCAUUUGAUGGAAGAGAUGUUGCAACAGAUUCUACUUGGCCACAGAAGAUGAAUCUGAUCUGGCAUGGAUCUGACACCAAGGGUCGGCGUGUAGCAGAGAGCUACUGUGAGAUCUGGCGCACAGAUGAAGGCAUAGUCACCGGCCAGGCUUCCUCUAUCACAAACGGGAAACUCCUAGAGCAGCGUCCUCAGAGCUGCAAUAAGAACUUUAUUGUCUUGUGCAUUGAAAACAGCUUCAUGCCUGCAGGCCAGAAGUAA